UAUAAUACGUAUUCCGGAAAGGAAAGGAGCUAAAAAGUACUUAAAAAGAGAAAUAGAAUUAAAGAGCAAGGAGACCUCCAAAAGAUGGAGUCUCCUGUCCUUAUCGACGGCAGAUUGAAUUUGGUUAAAUCCUACGCCGUGGCAGUGCGGACAUGUAAGCCGAGACGUAUGCCGUCUUCUAGCCACCGGCGGCUCGAAAGUAACCUUUCUCAAUUUCGAACCCGUGGAUCCAAGUUCGAGAUCAGAACUGUCCAUCCUACCAGGACAACCUUGGGACGUAAUUGGGUUUCCAAAACCUUUGCCAGGGGCCUAAGGGAUUCUAUGUGGUUUAGCUUAAAUAACUCGUGGAGAUGGACCUCUCGGAUUAUCUCCUUUUACUUGUUCUGCCUGAAUCUUGUUGCAGAAGCCUCUGAUUAUCCAGCUCCUUCUUUCACAUAUGCCUGUGAGGAUGUGAACAACUAUUAUGCUGAUGCACAAAAUUUAGGAGGCAAAUCACUCAAGAAAAAGUUGAAUCACAUCAUUGCUCGGCAUCAUUCCUUGUCCUACAAAGAGGUGUGGGAUGCCCUCAAGAUUCUUGACGCUGCUGAUGUUGAGAAACCAGAUUCUUCAUCAGGGAUAAUUGAAAUUUACUCCUUGAGAGUUGUCCCGAAGCAUUUAGCAGGAAAGCCAGAGGGAUGGAAUAGGGAACACUUGUGGCCUCGUUCAUAUGGGUUAACUUAUGGUCCAUCAUUGACUGAUAUACACAAUAUUCGAGCAGCAGAUGUGAAUUUGAAUUCAUCUAGGGGGAACAAGUACUAUGGGCAAUGCAAUGCCAACUCUACUAAUUGUUUGAGGCCAGCAAACAAAGAAGCUGCUAUGGACACCGAAACUGACAAGGAAAGAUGGGCACCGCCUGUAAAGGUUCGAGGUGAUAUUGCAAGGGCAUUAAUGUACAUGGCAGUCUGCUACGGGUUUCAUCAACGAGGUGGAGGCCCGGAUCUUCGCCUUUCAGAUUCUCCAAGCAUUGGAAAGAGGGAGAUGGGACUGCUUUCUACGUUAUUAAAAUGGAAUGAAGUCGAUCCACCUUCAAGAGAAGAGAAAUUGAGAAAUGAAAGAAUAUGCAGGUUUUAUCAGCAUAACAGAAAUCCUUUUGUUGAUCAUCCAGAAUUUGCCAAUUUGAUAUGGAAGCAUGCUGUUCCAAGCCGUCAGAGUUCUAAUAUUCCUUCCCUCAAGGCAUGGACUAAAAGAUCUCACAGUACGAAAAAUGCAAAAGAGUUUAGAACCAUAUAUCCUUCUUGACAGAAAACUCAUUUUUUUCAUUCUGAGCUGCCGUCUCCUUCUGGUCGGUCUUGAUUUCCCUUGAAUCCAAUCAAUGGGUUUGCAUAUAGUUUACUCUUACAAGUUUUAGAAUGAGGAAACAUUAAAAUAUUGAAAUUGUUGAAGGAA